UCAGAGCGCCCCCUGGAACCUGCAGCGAUUACUGCAGCCUCACGGUGGCAUCUCAGUAAACGGGACGUACCUGCCUCCGAAUGAUGGAGAGAUGGCGGAGGUGUACCUGAUGGAUGGCAGCGUGCAGAGCUCCCACAGAGAGGUUGAAGGACGAGUUCUCAUCACAGACUUUAAUAACGUUCCUGAGGAGGACGGGGUCAGAGUUCAUAGGCAGGCCAGUCAGUGUGACGGUCACGGCACACAUUUGGCUGGUGUGGUGACCGGAUCGGAUUCGGGUGUUGCUCGAGGUGCAGGCGUUAACCUGGUCCGUGUGCUGAACUGUCAGGGGAAAGGAACCGUCUCCGGAGCUCUGGCAGGGCUGGAGUUUAUCCGAGCGACCUUGCUGGCGCGCCCCGUGGACGUGGCGGUUGUCUUGCUGCCCUUCAUCGGCGGCUUCAGCCGGUCGCUGAAUGCAGCGUGCAGAGAGACGGUGGCCCACGGAGCCGCCGUCGUCGCUGCCGCGGGGAACUACAGAGAAGACGCUUGCCUCUAUUCGCCCGCUUCAGAACCUGAGGUCAUCACUGUAGGGGCUGUGAACUCUGAGGACCAGCUCAUGUCGCAAGGAGCAGGGGGCACCAACUUCGGCCGCUGCGUUGAUCUGUUUGCGCCCGGUGAUGACAUCGUUAGCGCCAGCAGCGACUGCAGCACCUGCUUCACCUCACAGAGCGGGACGUCGCAGGCCGCCGCUCACGCUGCCGGUAUAGCAGCUGUGAUCCUGUCCUCCAAUCAGAUUGCCUCCCCGGUGCAGGUCCUGCAGGUGAUGCUGCAUUACUCCGUUAGCAACACAAUUAACUUCCUGUCCCUGUCUGAAACGCAUCGUCUCACAACUCCAAACCUGGUGGCAGCCAUGCCUCCCGCCAACAACCCAACACCAAGUGGCGAGCUCCUGUGCCGCUCAGUGUGGUCAGAAAGGUCAGGCCUGUCGAGUGCGGACACGGCCGUGAGCCGCUGUUGCGUCGGGGAGGAAAUGAUGGGCUGCAGCAGCUACGCUCCUGACGGCGCCCGCGUGGGAGAAACGCUCACUGAGAGCAACGGACGCAUGGAGUGCGUCGCCUACAAUGGGCUGACAGGCAACGGGGUGUUCGCAGUGGCCCGCUGCUGUGUGGUGGGUGGUCUGCAGUGCCGCGCCCACGCGAGCCCCGGGCCCGGGCGGGACGCUCAGUGUGCGGGCCCACAGCACCACCUCACAGGGUGCACCAGUUGGUCCGUGGCCGAGAUCUCAUCCGACUCCCGUCCUCAUCGCGGCGGCGCCGGGAGGAGUUGCUCGGUGAAGGACGGAGUCACGUCGCACGCAGUCUGCUGCCACGCUCCGUCUCUUCAGUGCCGUCUGCUGGAAACCACGUCGUCUGACAAAGACCAGGUUGAGGUGUCCUGUCCCUCGGGCUGGACUGUGACAGACUGCAGCGCCGUCUCCAAGGGCUCUGCCGUCGUCGGGUCAGUGCCUGAGGGCAGCGGCUGCCGGAUCCGCCGCGUGGGGGACGCGGAGGCGGCGGGCGUAGCCGUCUGCUGCCGUGUCACACCGCCAGACCCCCCUGCUCCAACUCCUAACUGAUCACAGUGUGUCAUCCGUCUUCUCUCUGAGCUCCUUCACCCCGUGGAGACACUUUAAUGCACCUACCGUAAAGUGUAAACUUCUGCAAAGCUGUCGAUUACAGCCAUAUGAUCAAGUCGAAACGUGCUCCACAUUGUCUUGUUAGCCGUCUUCAAACCGUCUGGGAGAUACAGGUUUAAAGAAUAAAUAUAUCCUGAUAUUUUUUUGUAUCUUUGUACUGAACAAGCAUAAUAAACAAUCAUGAUGUA